AGAGGAGAAUCUGAAGGAAAAAUCUGUAAACCCGAGUGAUUUGAGUGAUUUGAGUGAUUUGAGUGAUUUGAGUGAUUUUGUCCGCGUCAGACAUGGUGAAGCCCGAGGAGCCGGCCUCAGGAGCGCGGCCGUGGGAGGAGGUGUUCGCCCGGGGCCGUGUGAUUCCUCCGUCCCGCCACACGAGCCGCGCCGCCGGGGAGAACCAGCCCCGGGAGUCGCGCGGGUUUGAGCUGAGCCUGAGCCGCGUCACAGCGCCUCAUCUCCCGCAGGAGCCAGCAGAGGGCGCACAGGUGUCCUACGAGCUCAGGGCGUCUCUGCUGGACGCGAGGCAGCAGCAGUUCUUCGGUCAGACCUGGAGGAGCAGCGCCCAGAGCCUCAAGAACGGAAAGAUCUGCUUCAACCAGGUGCUGUACUUCCACACGGCGCUCAGGGUCCCGUGGGUGCUGCUGGUGCUGGAGCUGGUGGAGCUGAGCGUCAGAGCAGACUCCUCCCACCAGGCCAGGGGGCGGGGCUUCACCCUGCUGCAGCUCUUCAGCUCCGCAGCGCCGCCUGCAGCCGCCGAGGGGAACCACAGACUCCAUCUACAUCACGGGUCCCCGAGGAGCCUGCUCCACCCGUCCCUGAAGAGCCCCGCGCACUACAGCAGUGUGCUCCAGGUCGUGGACGGGGCCCUUCUGGACUGUGUCGUCAGGGGCCACUCGGCUCUGGCCCCGGCGCUGCACCUGCUCCCGGAGAACGUGCUCCUGAGCGGCGACGAGGGGCUCCCCGGGCUCCUGGCGGCCCCUGCAGAAUCAGGAGGUGUGGUGUUGGCAUGCUAG